AGUACACACGUACACACACACACACACACACACACUGUACUAGCUGCAGCAGCCACCAUGGAGAUCAGCUAACAUGCACUACAGACACACACAUGCAUGUUUAUAUACACAUAGUACACACAGUGUGUGUGAGAGCAUACACAGCCAGGCUCCAGAGAAAGCAAGAGGCUACACACUUCUUCUUCCUAUUGCUGCUGCCUCCCCAUCUGUAAAGCCUGGCCAUUUAUCAGGAUAGCAUUGAGGAGCCCCCCCAACCAGUAAGGCUCCUCUCCUCCAUCCCCAGAACAAGCCCCCCUCCACAUCCCCAUCCAAAGCAAGGGGCAAUGUCCAAGAGCCUGAAAAAGAAAAACCACUGGACUAACAAAGUCCACGAGAGUGUGAUUGACAGGAGCCAGGAAGGGGAGCUGGGCUUUGAAAUCAGAGGGGGUGCAGAAAAUGGCCAGUUCCCUUUCCUUGGAGAGGUGAAAGCGGGGAAGGUGUCUUAUCAAAGUGGCAAACUGGUACCUGAGGAAUUAGUUUUGGAGGUGAAUGAGACCCCAGUAGCUGGACUCACCAUCAGGGAUGUAUUGGCUGUUAUCAAACACUGCAAGGACCCCAUCAGGAUUAAGUGUGUCAAGCAAGGAGGCAUUGUUGACAAAGACCUUCGCCGCUACCUCAAUUUACGGUUCCAGAAAGGUUCAGUAGAUCAUGAACUGCAACAGAUCAUACGAGACAACCUCUACCUCCGUACAGUGCCAUGCACAACAAGACAGCCUAAAGAGGGAGAAGUACCUGGUGUGGAUUACAACUUUAUAACUGUGGAAGCUUUUAUGGAAUUGGAGAAAAGUGGAGCACUUUUAGAGAGUGGAACCUAUGAAGAAAAUUAUUACGGCACUCCAAAACCUCCGGCUGAACCUGCUCCGCUUUUAUUAAAUGCAACAGACCAUAUUUUUCCUGGUGGCAUUCCAAGAGUCGAGGGAAAACGCAAACGCAAUAAAUCUGUGAGCAACAUGGAAAAGACCGGUAUUGACCCUCCCGAGGAGGAGGAAGAGGAAAGGCCUGUUGUCAAUGGAAAUGGUGUUGCAGUAACGCCAGAAUCCAGUGAACAUGAAGACAAAAGUACAGAUGCCUCAGGAGAGAUUUCCUCCCAACCCUAUAAUGCUCCAAUGUACUGCCUGCCAGAUGAGUCGAAGGAAAGCACAGAUGGGAAGAAGUUACUAAAGCCUGAUGAGCACAAUGAGUUGGGGCCUUUACCUGAUAACUGGGAAAUGGCAUAUACAGAGAAAGGAGAAGUCUACUUCAUUGACCACAACACAAAGACAACUUCAUGGUUGGAUCCACGGCUAGCAAAAAAGGCAAAACCCCCAGAAGAGUGUAAAGAGAAUGAGCUUCCCUAUGGCUGGGAGAAAAUUGAUGACCCUAUAUAUGGAACGUACUAUGUUGAUCACAUAAACAGAAGAACUCAAUUUGAAAAUCCAGUGUUAGAAGCAAAAAGGAAGCUUCAGCAGCACAAUAUGCCCUCUACAGAACUGGGAUCCCAGCCAAUUCCGGCCCAAGUGUUCCGAGAAAAACCUCUCUUCACUCGUGAUGCUUCUCAACUGAAAGGAACCUUUCUUAGCACUACUCUUAAAAAAAGUAACAUGGGUUUUGGAUUUACCAUUAUUGGGGGAGACGAACCUGAUGAAUUUCUGCAAGUAAAAAGUGUUAUCCCUGAUGGACCGGCAGCGCAAGAUGGCAAAAUGGAGACAGGUGAUGUCAUCGUUUAUAUUAAUGAAGUUUGUGUCCUUGGGCAUACUCAUGCAGAUGUGGUCAAACUCUUCCAGUCAGUCCCUAUUGGUCAAAGUGUCAACUUGGUGCUAUGUCGAGGAUAUCCCCUACCCUACGAUCCCGAAGACCCUGCAAGCAGCCUUGUUCCACCUAUUGCAGUAAUAGAAAGACCCCCUGUGGUGGUAAAUGGAAGAAAUAACUAUGAAACUUAUUUAGAAUACAUUUCUAGGACGUCUCAAUCUGUACCAGAUGUAGCAGAACGACCAUUGCCUUCUUUGCACUCCAUGCCAGCCGAUAGUCAGCUUGAAAACACAUUCCCACCACCUCCACCUGCACAUGAUGAUAAUGUAUCAAUGGCUUCUUCUGGAGCUACACAAGCAGAACUUAUGACCUUAACCAUUGUGAAAGGGGCACAGGGCUUUGGCUUCACAAUAGCAGAUAGUCCGACAGGACAGAGAGUGAAGCAAAUUCUAGAUGUUCAGGGAUGUCCUGGUUUAUUUGAAGGGGACCUUAUAGUGGAGAUCAACCAGCAGAAUGUACAGAAUCUGAACCAUUUAGAAGUUGUGGAAUUACUUAAAGAAUGUCCUGUGGGAAACGAGACUUCUUUGGUAAUCCAUAGAGGAGGUUUCUUCUCUCCAUGGAAAAGUUCCAAACCUAUAAUGGAACGAUGGGAUAACCAAGGAAGCCCCCAGACUAGUAUAACAGCACCAUCUAUGCCACAAAAUCUCCCAUUUCCACCAACGCUACAUAGAAGCUCAUUCCCUGAUUCUACAGAUGCCUUUGAUCCAAGAAAACCCGACCCUUACGAACUCUAUGAGAAAUCAAGAGCAAUUUAUGAAAGUAGGCAGCAAGUGCCGCCCCGAGCUGGUUGCAGAGUGGAUCCUGCUGGCCCUGACUAUAAGGAGCUGGAUGUUCAUCUUCGACGCCAAGAGUCUGGAUUUGGAUUCAGAAUCCUUGGAGGAGAUGAACCGGGUCAGCCUAUUUUAAUUGGUGCUGUAAUAGCAAUGGGCUCUGCAGACAGAGAUGGGCGUCUUCGUCCUGGGGAUGAAUUAUUAUAUGUAGAUGGAAUCCCAGUUGCUGGUAAAACUCACCGAUAUGUGAUUGAUCUCAUGCAUAAUGCUGCUCGCAAUGGACAAGUCAAUCUUACUGUGAGAAGAAAGGUGCUAUCUAUAGGAGAAACCUGCCCAGAAAAUGGCAGGAGUCCUGGUUCUGUAUCCACACACCACAGCUCACCAAGAAGUGACUCUGCCUACCCAAACAGUAAUCACAGUGCACCAUGCAACUCUUCCCCUCCUGAGGGCUUCUCUUCACAGAGCAUUCAGUCUAAUGAUGUGGUCAUCCAUCGCAAAGAAAAUGAAGGUUUUGGAUUUGUUAUCAUAAGUUCUCUGAACAGACCAGAAGUGGGAACUACAAUAGCUGUACCGCAUAAAAUUGGACGAAUUAUUGAAGGAAGCCCUGCAGAUCGCUGUGGAAAACUGAAGGUCGGAGACCGGAUAUUAGCUGUGAAUAGCCAGUCUAUUAUCAACAUGCCCCAUGCAGAUAUUGUUAAACUGAUUAAAGAUGCAGGGUUAAGUGUAACACUUUGCAUCGUUCCUCAGGAGGAGUUAAACAGCCCAGCGUCUGCACCAAGUUCUGAAAAGCAGAGUCCCAUGGCACAGCAGCACAGCCCAAUGACACAACAGAGCCCAGUAGCGCAGCAUAGCCCUGUAGCCCAGCCGCUGCCUCCUCAACCACUUCAACUACAAGGGCACGAAAGCAGUUAUAGGUCGGAAGUAAAAGCCAGACAGGAUGUCAAACCUGAUAUCAGACAGCCUCCGUUUACAGAUUAUCGCCAGCCAUCAACAGACUAUAGGCAGCCCCCAGUAGAUUAUCGACAUCCGCCUGUAGUGGACUACCAGCAGCCUCCUCCUAUGGACUACAGGCAGCCUCCUCUAAUAGAAUAUAGACAGCAUUCUCCUGAUACACGGCAAUAUCCACUCCCUGAUUACCGACAAUUCCAGGAUUUUGACUAUUUCACGGUUGAAAUGGAAAAGGGUGCUAAAGGCUUUGGGUUCAGCAUACGUGGAGGAAGAGAAUACAAAAUGGAUUUGUAUGUGUUAAGGUUGGCGGAAGAUGGUCCUGCAAUAAGAAAUGGGAGAAUGAGGAUCGGUGAUCAAAUCAUUGAAAUCAAUGGGGAAAGCACAAGGGAUAUGACACAUGCCAGAGCCAUAGAACUUAUUAAAUCAGGAGGAAGGAGAGUGAAACUACUACUGAAGAGGGGAACAGGACAGGUUCCAGAGUAUGACGAACCAAACUCCUGGAGUUCACCCUCUACCACCUCCCCAGGGCCGGAAGUAGGCGUUCCUCUUGAUGACAUGAUUGCACCAUUAUCUUCAUCACAUUUAGCCUUGCCCUCUGACCCUACUCACCAGAUACACCCAGAGCCAGAUUGGGAUAUCUACAGGGAACAUGAUAUGGGAAAACCAAAGGAGCAAACUGCAAAUGGUCAUAAAAAGAAACGACUGGGAGAGUCAAGGGAGAGGUCAGCAAGCCCUAAGAAAGUAGACAGAUCAAAGCGUGAGGAGGGUUCUAAAAAGGAAUUUCAAGAAGGCAAGCAGAAAAAUACUGAAACUCGCAAGACCAUCUCUGCAGGAAAAGAGACUGUGAAACAAGCAAUUAGUGAAGCAAGAGAUUGUGGUUAUGCUGAACCCGGUGAUGGUGGAGGUAGGACAUCUAGGUCCACUAAAGCAAGCAGAGAAGGGAUCCUCUGUACAAAUGAUAUAUACAAAGAUGCAACCAGUGAGAAAAAGUCCACAACAGCUCUUGAACUGAGUAGGUCAGAUUCAGGUUAUGUCUCAAAGGUGUAUGGUAGCAGUGUCUCCAGCUCUCGAGUAAGUGCUAUGGAAGGCGAGAGAGAUGCUGAAGCUAAAUCCAGUGAGUUUCACAAGGAAGGGCAACAGCAUUCCUGCAACCCCCGCCGUGUCAACACUACAACUCGGAAAGCAACAGUCUCACCAGGGCCGUGGAAAAUCCCUGGCUCUGAUAAGCUACCGGGUAUCCUGAAAUCUGGCACUUCAGCCAUGAGCAGAUAACUGAAUAAAGUGACUGUUUCCCUUAAUUGUA